AAUGGGUUUGCCACCAGAACACAGGUGUCAUGAAAACCAUCACUGAUUCCUAAGCCAAAAUGGGAAAGGAAAAGACUCAUAUCAACAUUGUCAUUAUUGGACACGUAGAUUUGGGCAAAUCCACCACUACUGGCCACCUGAUCUACAAAUGUAGUGGAAUCAACAAAAGAACCAUCAAAAAAUUUGAGAAGGAGGCUGCUGAGAUGGGAAAGGGGCCUUUCAAGUAUGCCUGGGUCUUGGAUAAACUGAAAGCUGAACGUGAGCGUGGUGUCAGCACUGAUAUCUCCCUGUGGAAAUUUGAGACCAGCAUGUACUAUGUGACCAUCACUGAUGCCCCAGGGCACAGAGACUUUAUUAAAAACAUGAUCACAGGCACAUCUCAGGCUGACUGUGCUGUCCUGAGUGUUGCUGCUGAUGUUGGUGAAUUUGAAGCUGGUAUGUCCAAGAAUGGGCAGACCCGUGAGCAUGCCCUUCUGGCUUACACACUGGGUGUGAAACAACUAAUUGUUGUUGGUGUUAACAAAAUGGAUUCCACUGAGCCACCCUACAGCCAGAAGAGAUGUGAGGCAAUCGUUAAGGAAGUCAGCACCUACAUUAAGAAAAUUGGCUACAACCCUGACACAGUAGCAUUCGUGCCAAUUUCUGGUUGGAACGGUGACAACAUGCUGGAGCCAAGUGCCAACAUGCCUUGGUUCAAGGGAUGGAAAGUCACCCGUAAGGAUGGCAGUGCCAGUGGAACCACACUGCUUGAAGCUCUGGAUUGCAUCCUGCCACCCACUCGUCCAACUGACAAACCCUUGCGUCUGCCUCUUCAGGAUGUCUACAAAAUUGGUGGUGUUGGUACUGUCCCUGUGGGCCGAGUGGAGACUGGUGUUCUCAAACCGGGCAUGGUGGUCGCCUUUGCCCCAGUCAAAGUCACAACUGAAGUCAAGUCUGUUGAGGUGCACCACGAAGCUUUGAGUGAAGCUCUUCCUGGGGACACUGUGGGCUUCAAUGUCAAGAACGUGUCUGUAAAAGGUGUUUGUCGUGGCAAUGUGGCUGGUGACAGCAAAAAUGAUCCACCAAUGGAAGCAGCUGGCUCACUUGUGCAGGUGAUUAUCCUGAACCAUCCAGGCCAAAUCAUUGCUGGCUAUGCACCGGUGCUGGACUGUCACACAGCUCACAUUGCUUGCAAGUUUGCUGAGCUGAAGGAGAUUGAUCAUCGUUCUGGUAAGAAGCUGGAAGGUGGCCCCAAAUUUCUGAAAUCUGGUGAUGCUGCCAUUGUUGAUAUGGUUCCUGGCAAGCCCAUGUGUGUUGAGAGCUUCUCUGAUUCUCCUCCUCUGGGUCAUUUUGCUGUUCGGGAUAUGAGACAGACAGUUGCUGUGGGUGUCAUCAAGGCCGUGGACAAGAAGGCUGCUGGAGCUGGCAAGGUCACCAAGUCUGCCCAGAAAGCUCAGAAGGCUAAAUGAAUGUUACCUAUGACACCUGCCACCCCAGUCUUAAUCAGUGGUGGAAGAACGUCUCAGAACGGUUUGUCUCAAUUGGCCAUUUAAGUUUAAUAGUAAAAGACUGGUUAAUGAUAACAAUGCAUCAUAAAACUUUCAGAAGGAAAGGAAUGUUUUGUGGACCAUUUGUUUUUGUGUGGCAGUUUUAAGUUAUUAGUUUUUAAAAUCAG